CAAAGUCAGAGAUGGAGGAGCCUAGCUAGAAAGCAAAUUUGUCCAGUACUAACUCGCUAGUUUCAGCAGGUGCAGACAUGAGAGCUCCAUCUGCAGCUUUCUUCCUUAUUUCCCUCAUUUUCUUGUUUGCCAACCUCAGUGAUGCAAGAAAAGAUCCAGAAGACUACUGGAAGAGCAUAAUGAAAGAGGAGGCUAUGCCCGAAGCCAUCCAAGAACUUCUCCAGAAAGACCCAUCAUCAUCUUCCUCAGAAGAGAAGAACGAGCCAUCUACAAACAUGGAACACUUCAUUAAAGACUUUGAUCCUAAGCCUAAUGUGAUACUUUAUCACAAGCAUGGAGGGCAGCAUCAUCAAGAAGCCAAGCCGUGCCACAAGGGCUUAAAGCAGCUGCAAGCUGAAUCACAUAACAAGGCGAAGAAAGAGUAGACAUAUACAUAUAUAUAUAUAUAUAUUCAUGGGUUAAUUAAUCAGAUUAAUUACCAGAUGAUUAGUGUGCUUGAGAUGGGCUUUGAGUUUCUGGCUUUGUUGAUGGAUCAGUAUAGUAGAGUGAGUCCGCGAUUAAUGUUGUUGUAAGUUAAUUACUGUGUGGUUGAAUCUAUAUAUAGUUAAUAUAUAUAUAUAUAUAAAUAUAUUUGUAUCUGUAAGCCAGUGAAGUUGCCAAUGAACAAGAUUUUGCUGUAUUUGCCUAA